GCGGCUUUGUCUUUGGGGCCAGUCCUACUAGCCCCAAUAAUGGUGCCUUUGCAAAUUAUAUCGUCGCUCACCCGAGUCUCUGCUUUCGAGUGCCUCCGACUAUGACCUUUGAAGAGGCUGCCUCUGUGGGUAUGGGUCUGAUGACUGUAGGACUACUCUUUCGUUCGCUUGGCUUGCAGACACAGAUAAGCCCCAGCCCUGAUUCAACGAACACAAACAAGCCAUUUGUCCUCGUAUACGGAGGCUCAACAGCGACCGGCACGCUGGCCAUUCAGAUGCUUCGACUCCAUGGCUACCAGCCGAUCACGACGUGCUCACCGCGGCAUUUCCCGCUCGUAAAGCAGCGGGGGGCCACGGCAGCCUUUGACUACGUCUCACGCACUUGCAAGGAAGACAUCCGUGCUUACACGAAGGGUACACUGGCGUUUGCUAUGGACUGUAUUGCCGACUCUCAUGCCACAACAGUGUGCUACGGCGCUAUUGGUGGGGAUGGGGGCCGAUAUUGCGCAUUAGACCGAUAUCCCCCUCGCCUGGAGGGUCGCCGGCAGAACAUCCAACCGGAGUGGAUUCACAGCGCCACUAUUUUUGGGGAGGAUGUCCAGCUAGCAGGGUCUUAUCAUCGCACUGCACGGCCCGAAGAUCGCGAAUUUGCUAUUGAGUGGGCACGUCAUUGCACCCACAUUUUGGCACGGGAGGAAUUACAGACCCAUCCACUGCAAGUGCAGAAAGGGGGUUUGCCGCGAAUUGUUGGCGAUUUGCCUUUGCUCCGGAGUAAGCAAAUUUCGGGCCGCAAAUUGGUCUAUCCUGUGGGAAGCGCAUAGGCGAUACGGCCGUAAAUACUCCGUCGAAACACACCAGGGCAGGAGGGGAAGUUCGACCGAAGAAUACGAGUGGUCAGCAAUGUCCAGUAGUAUUUAUUGAGCACGUUUCUGUCUUGGCUGGCAAAGAAGGCGUAAAAGAGGAUUUGUGGUUUGCUGUUGGACAACACGCGUGACUGAAUAGGGCGGUGUUUGAUUUGUGUCUUAAUUUGUUCCCUUAACAUUAUCACUUAUGGUAACUGUUUACUUGGUUUAUGACUGGUUAGUUAGAUUUUCACAAGGAUUCCGCAGAGCGAG